GCAGUGGCUUUGCAAGGGGAUUCAAAAAGUACAAAAGCUUCAUCUACAUCUUGCUGCCCACCGACUUCGCAUCGUUGACGUGAACCCUCAGAACAACAACGUCCUUUUAAGAAGCAGUGCCCCCUUAUUCAAUGGUGUAUUUUCGGAGGAACUACUGCGUAAGCAAAUCAAGAUAGUGAUGGAGGAAGCAAAGCUAAAGUACAGCGAUGACAUGCCUCUCCAUAUAAUCUCCUUUUUGAGGAAUGAUAUGAAGGAGGGAUGCUGCUACACCUCACAAAGGUGCUACGCAAGAGAUGCCAACAUCGUGAACCAAGUUCUUUUGGGACAUGAGGAGGAUCCCUACGACGUGGAUUCGAAGACCCUGGAGAACGAACUAAAGAGCCUCAACUGGGACACGGACAAACUCCUAAGUAGAAUAAACGAUUUGGAAGAAAAAUUUCAUACUAUGAAGAACACUAUCUUUAUUGUCCACUGUAGGAGAGGAAGAGAUAGAACAGGAGAGUACGUCGCUGCGUACAAAAUGAUUGUAAAAAAACAGGACUUUGAUUCUAUUGUUAAGGCGAAUGAAGAGAUAGGAAGGGUUAAGGCUCCUUACUUGAAGAUGCAGAAAUGGCUAUGCCUCUAUUUGGAAAAGGUGAUGGGCUACACGAGCUUGAGUUGCUACGACUUUAGGUG